GGCAUCGCGCGUUCUGCCUCUCAAAUUUGUAGCUAUAUAUAGGAUCGAAUUAGCGCUUCCCAGGCCUUACACGUUAUUGCUCAAACCGAGAUUUGUUGCAUUCGUCCUUUUCCUCACUGUUUUCGGCUCUCUUUCCGCUCGCCGGAGCUGUGGAUUAUCGAUCUCCAUCCAUCUACCUCCUCUGUCUCGUUGCUGCCUCCCAUUAGCGACUUGCAGCUCUUGUCGCACUCUCCUGAUUCUUCUAAUUUUGACCUAAUCGUCGAGCGUAGACUGUAACAGAUGGCUUCAUUCCAGAUGAAUGAAAAUUCAAUGCCAUGUACGAAGUCUAAACUUGCUGAAUGGGAACAAAAUAUUCGGACAAUAAAAGCCUCUGAAGAUUUUGACAAUCAUUCAGAUCGUUCCAAAAAGUGUGAGAUCUUGAAGAGUGGGCCUUUACUUGUAUCAUCUAAAGGAAUUGGAUGGCCGUCUUGGAAAAAACGGUGGUUUGUUCUUUCUCGCAAAUCAUUUCAGUUUUAUAGAGUUGACCCUAAUACUCUACCUCAGAAAGGAAGUGAAGCACCAGCCCUCGGUGGCAUUACCCUCAACAACUCAGGGAGUGUGGUUGUGAAAACAGACAAAAAACUCCUCACUAUCCUUUCUCCUGGUGCUCGGAAUGGAAAAGCUUUCUCAGUCAAGACUGAAACCUUGGACGAACUAAAUGACUGGAAAGCUGCCAUAGAAGGUGCUUUGGCUCAAGCACCUGGUGACACCAAUGUAAUGGCGCAGAAUGAAAUAAUCCUUAAUGAAGGAGCUGACUCAAUUGAAGCUUCAGAUGAGCAAUUGAAGGAUAGGCCUCGUACUUCAUCUUCAAUCAUUGGGAGAUCAGUCUUACUUGCUCUAGAAGAGAUUGACGGGUCUCCUUCUUUCUUAGAGAAGGCCUUUAGGUUCAUUGAAGAGCACGGAGUCAAAGUUGAAGGCAUCUUACGACAAUCUGCUGAUGUUGAAGAGGUAUUGCGCAGGAUCCAGGAAUAUGAGCAAGGAAAAACUGAGUUUGCUCCUGAUGAGGAUGCUCAUGUUAUUGGCGACUGCAUUAAGUAUGUUCUCCGGGAAAUGCCAUCAUCCCCUGUUCCAGCAUCCUGCUGUACGGCUCUGGUUCAUGCUUAUAGAACUCAUUCUGGGUCCAGAGUCGAAAACAUACGUGAUGCAAUAUAUGAAACCUUCCCUGUGCCUAACCGUCAUUUGUUACAAAGGAUUCUCCAGAUGAUACUAGUUGUAGCUGCUCACAAAGCUGAGAACAGGAUGGGUCUCUCUGCUUUGGCUGCUUGUAUGGCACCAUUACUUCUUUGCCCACUUCUGGCUGGCGAAUGUGAAAUCAGUAAUGAUUUUCAGACAGAUCAUGAUGGAUCUUUUCAGCUUUUGCAAGCUGCUGCAGCUGCUAACCAUGCUCAAGCUAUAGUCAUAAUUCUUCUGGACGAAUAUGAAAAUAUAUUUCAGGAUGAAUCUUUUUCUUCAGAACUUUACACUGAGUCAGAAGAUGAAGAUAUUGAGGAUGAUGAAUCGACCUCUAAUGACAUCUCCAACGAGGAUUGGCAUCUUGAAGCUGAGAAUGACCAAAAUGCUGUUGCUGGGGUUGAUAUAGAUUGUUCUUACAGUGAAACCCCCAGUGGAAGUAACAAUGAUGCUGGUGGUAAAGAUGGCAGUGAUUUGGUUAGUGAUGUUGGCUGUGAAGUUGGUAGUGAUGUUGACAGUGACAUAGGCAAUGAUGCUGGCAGUGACAAAUGCUAUGAUUUUGGCAAUAAUGUCAGAAGCAAUGCUAGUUGUAAUGUUUACAAUAAGGGUGGAAGUGUUGUCAGGGGUGAUGCUGGCAGUGAUAUAGGGAGCAAUUUUUCAAGAAACCAGGACAUUAAAGAGAAUUGUGCUCGUGCUAUAUUUUCUAGAAACAAUGAGGUCUUUGAAAACACCACGAUAAAUUCAAAUCAAGUCUCCGCAUUUUUGCAUGAAGAUAUUUAUCCUAAAACAUCAACAUUUGCUCAUGUCCGAUUCGCAACAGAUGUUCGAUCUUUUGACACUGCUGACAUACAGAAUAAUGAUGACUUGCUAAGUGAAAAUAAUAGCUCAACCAUUCCACUUUAUCAUGAGUCUCAUGUGCCCGCGGUUGGUAUACUAUCAUCUACAACUAUAAGGAAUAAGUUAGUUAAUAUCAAAACCUCUGCCUCCAGCAUCGUAAAUUUAGCAGAACAAUCAAAAGAAGCACAACCUGCGGUGCGAAAUAAAUGGGGGCGUACCUCUGCAAGGAAAAAUCUUUCAGUGGAGUCAAUUGAAUACAUCAGUGAUGAUGAGUCUGCAGUUCAGAGGCUUGAGACUACCAAGAUUGGUCUUCAAAUUAAACUUUCAGAAGAGAUAAAAGGGAAUGCAGUUUUACAGUUAAGUUUGGAUGAGCGAAAGCAAGCUUUGCUUGAACGCCGUUUGGCUCUUGAGACAGAAGUGGUAAGGUUGAAAGAGCUAUUGCAGAAAGAGAGAGAUUUAAAACCACUCUUAGAGUCUGAUUUGAUGAGCAUACAACCCAAUCAAUUAUCUCUCUCAACUUGUUCAGAUAGUAAGAUUAUGUCCGAUCUGGAAGACAUUGCACUUUCAGUAAGAGAUAUAAAUAAUUUGAAGCAAAAUCUCAUUGAUCUUACUGAACAGCUACAGCAAGGCCAUACUACUUUCUGUCAAUCUUAUGAUCAACCCAUUUACACAAGAAAUGAGAUACAGCAAAAUGCAGAUGAUAAUUUUAAUGAACAUAAAAAGGAUGACUCGUCAAUAUAUGAUGAAGGACAAGGUUAUCAAAGUAUAUUACCUGAAAUUUUGAAUCAAAGUGUCGGAAGAUAUUCUGAAGCUUCAUUAUCUGAAGAUCAGCAUAGGGCAUUAAAAAAGCUUUCAAGGUGGGAAGGUAAAAAACGGAUGCUUUAGAGUCCUCUUCGCGAAGAAUGUCUGCCUAGAAGAAACGAUCAAGUAUUUCAUUUGUAAAGUUUGAGAAUCAGAACAAGUAAAUAACACCAUAUUUUCAGAAGAACAAAUAACGCUUCUCCUCAAUAAUGCAACAUGAAGACAAGCUCUAAAGUGCGAGGUAAGGAUGGAUUUUGAUCAUCAUUUGCAUUGACAGAGUUAAUAAAUCCUAAACAUCUCAAGGAAAUACAAGUUACAACUUGCAAAUGAGUUGCAAUUUGUGGAUACAGGUUUAGCUAUUGGGUUGGAAGUUCUUUUGGAAACUAAUAAGUGAUUUAGAAUUUUACUGAUUCGCUUAGCUUUUAUUAGAUAAUUGGUUGUGUUUGCAAUCCACUUGUUUGUUCUUUGUGCUUUGUUUUGAUGUUAGACUUAUGACAACAAUGUGUUGCAUCACAAAGGUCCAGCAGGGUGGAAUUGAAGAUUUAGUUUUUGAGAAUGCUAGUGGUGUCUUUGUAUUGUCAUCGAUGCAUUGUAUAUAUGCCUAUAUGUAUAUAUAUUUUCUUUGAAAAUUUUU